AGGAUCCUUUGUGCCUGGCUUGCGUGUGGGGACUCUUCCUGGAAGUGAAGUCGUGGAAUCCUGAGCCUCAUUUGGACAGUCCCAACCUGGGGGUUUGGGUGUCAUCACUAAUGGGCAGGGGGUUUGGGUUCCUGACGAAAAGCUGCCAGGCAGUCGUGGCUGAGCCUCAGUGCUCCUCAGAACUGGAGGAAGAGAAGAGCAUGAAGAGGAAGAGAGAGCUGUCCAGAGAACCCCGCAGCACCUGGGACCGCCCUCAUGGCCUGGUUGGUUUACACAACAUCGGCCAGUCGUGUUGUCUCAACUCCUUGCUUCAGGUGUUCAUGAUGAAUGUGGACUUCAGAAAGAUACUGAAGAGGAUAACAGUGCCCCGGGAGCCAGAAGAGCAGAAGAGAAGUGUCCCCUUCCAGCUGCUUCUGCUGCUGGAGAAGAUGCAGGCCAGCCGACAGAAAGCCGUGCUGCCCAUGGAGCUGGCUCACUGCCUCCAGAAGUACAACGUGCCGUUGUUUGUCCAGCAUGACGCUGCUUAUCUCUACCUGACACUCUGGAACCUGACUAAGGAGCAGAUCACUGACAUGGACUUGGCAGAGCGGCUGCAGGCUCUGUUCACAAUCUGGACGGAGGAGUCCCUGAUUUGCUUGGGCUGUGCCUGGGAGAGCAGCAGAAGCAGCAGGCUGCUCACGCUCUCUCUUCCUCUUUUUGAUAUGGACUCAAAGCCCCUGAAAACACUGGAGGAUGCCCUGUGCUGUUUCUUCCAGCCCAAAGAGUUAGCAAGCUCGGACAAGUGCUUCUGUGAGAACUGCGGGAAGAAGACGCCUAGAAAACAGGUUUUGAAACUGACUCAUCUGCCCCAAACCUUGACCAUCCACCUCAUGAGAUUCUCCAUCAGGAACUCACGGACAGAAAAGGUCUGCCACUCAGUGUAUUUCCCUCAGCACUUGGAUUUCAGUCAGGUUCUGGCAACUGAGAAAGAACUUGGUGAUACCAAGGAACAGUCGGAAGUCCACUAUGAGCUCUUUGCCGUGAUCGCCCACGUGGGGCUGGCUGACUUCGGUCAUUACUGUGCCUACAUCCGGAAUCCUGUGGACGGAAAAUGGUUCUGCUUCAACGACUCACACGUUUGUUGGGUGACCUGGGAGGAUGUCCAGUGUACCUAUGGAAAUCACAGAUAUCGCUGGCGGGAAACUGCUUAUCUCCUGGUUUACAUGAAGACUGGAUCCUGAUGGAUGUACUCACACCUUUAGGAGGGAUGGACUUUUAUUUUCCUUUCCUAUAUUCAUGUUUCUGCAACUUCGAUGAGAAUUAUAAUUAAAAAAAACACAGUUAAACAUUAUUUAUAAGAAAGAAUUAAUACUUCUGUGUUUUGGAUGUGGCUCAUCUCCUAAAAGCUUACAUGCAGCAGGCAUGGUCCUUGAUUGGGCAAUGUUUAGAUGGUAGAAUCUUUAAGAGACAGGGCCCAGUGGGAGGUAAUCGGUUCAUGGGAUCUCUCUCUUCUGUGCACCGUUAGUUCUUUUUCUGUUUCUCUGUCAUGCUGUGAUACAACCAGGGGGUCCACAACAUGAUGCCAGUGCCAUGCUGGUUGGAUCAUCCAGUCAUUAAAAUGCCGAGUCAAAUAAAUAUUAUUAUACACUA